AUGCAAGGUAUGAAUCAAUACGGGAAUAGAGGAUAUGGAGGUCCACCUCAGCCCCAACGUCAAGGUGGUCGAAGGGGCAAUAAUCGGGGUGGGUUCCGUAAUUCCCGAUUUGAACAUAAUCAGUCUCAGAGAGGUCCAAAUCAUCUUGGAGGUCAACGUCCUAAUAAUGAGCCAAUUAAACAAAAUGAAAAACCUUCUCAACAACAAGCUCAAAAUCAACAAGCUCAAGUACUGGGGAAAGAGAAAGAGGUGCCAAUCCAGACACCUCCACAACAACAACCAAACAAACAGCCACCUCAGCAACAACCUACCCCACAAAAUCAGCCUCAGAAACAACAGCAACAACAACAACAACCAAAACCACCACAGCAGACUCCACAGCAACCACCUAAAAUGCAACCGCCCCAGCAACCAAUGCAACAACAGCAGAACCAAGGAAACAUGAAUAAAUCUGAUUCGCAGGAUCAUGUAGACAAGUCUGCUCCCAAUGAUAACAAACAGAAUCAGAAUAAUCAAGGUCCAUUCCAAAAGGGUCCUCCUAAACUGAUGGAAAUGAGGCAGGAACCAAACACAAAUAAUUUUAAUGGAGGUAACUUUGGAGGUAAUAAGCAAGGUGGUUCAUGGAGCCAGGGAGGAGGACCACAGGGUAACAGACAAAGUGGCAACUUUGGCCCUAAGGGCUUUAACCAAAAGCAAGGUGGUCCAGGUGGACAGGGUCCAGCUCGCAAUCAACAAAGGAUGUCCAACCGUGGACCACAGCAGGAUGGAGGAAAACCUGUUCAAAGAGAAGAGCAUAUGCUGGCUAAUAAAUUAAAGGACUUGAUGGGACCCUUAAUAGACUUGCCUCCAAUUGAACAACCAGAAGUGAAAUUUAAUGGUAGAAGUCGUUUGUACAUUGGUAAUCUAACUAAUGAUGUUACUGAAGAAGAGAUUCUAAAUUUAUUUAAUCAAUUUGGGGAGACUGCUGAAUUGUUUCUCAAUAAGGAGAAAAACUUUGGAUUUAUUAAAAUGGAUUAUCGCGUGAAUGCUGAGAAGGCUAAACGUGAACUUGAUGGUAAAAUGCGAAAUGGUAGAAAUAUAAGAGUUAGGUUCGCUCCUCAUAAUAGUGCAGUGCGUAUUAAAAAUCUACCACCAUUUGUUUCUAAUGAACUGCUUUAUCGGGCGUUUGAAAUAUUUGGCAAAAUUGAGAAAGCUUAUGUAAAAGUGGAUGAGAGAGGAAAAACUCUUGGAGAAGGUAUUGUGGAAUUUGCACGUAAACCCAGUGCACUUGCUGCAAUUCGAAAUUGUAGUGAGAAAUGUUUCUUUUUAACGUCGUCCCUUCGUCCUGUAAUUGUGGAAAAUCUUGAGGAACCAGAUGAGUUUGAUGGAUACCCUGAAAAGAACUUGCCUAAAAAACAUCCAGAAUUUUUGCGUGCUCGUGAGAUAGGGCCGCGUUUCUCAGAAGCUGGCAGUUUUGAGCAUGAGUAUGGUACAAGGUGGAAGCAGCUACAUGAACUUCACCGUCAGAAAGAGGAGGCACUAAAGAAAGAAUUAGCUGCUGAAGAAGAAAAACUGGAAGCACAAAUGGAAUAUGCUAAGUACGAGCACGAGACGGAGCUGCUGCGCGAGCAGCUGCGCCAGCGCGAGCAGGACCGCGAGCGGCAGAAGCGCAGCUGGGAGAUGGCGGAGCGCGCGGCGGACGAGCGCCGCGACGCGGAGCGCGCGCAGCUGCAGCGCCAGGAGGAGGAGCUGUCCGCGCGCAUGCGCCUGCAGGACGACGAGCUGCGCCGCCGCCAACAGGAGAACACGCUCUUUGUGCAGGCACAACGUCUCAACUCGAUGCUAGACCGUCAGGAACAGGGCAUGUUUGACCAUCAGCAACCUAUGGACGGCGGCUUCAGGGACCAGUACGACAUGCCACGAGGAGGUUAUGAGGACAUGCCGCAGAAUCGCGGUGGUUGGGAGGGACCGCGCCAAAUGGAUGAUUAUCCUAAUAAACGCCGGCGCUUU